UGUUGAAUAUCUGCUGAAUCCUGUCGUGGAUAAAUGAAUCGCUGCUCUGGUGUAUGUCGGUUGGGUGGGUCUGGUCCAUGACUGACUGCCACAUUUGUGCUCCAAGCAUCCCCAAGCCCUUGUUUAGGGCUUCUGCAGUUACCCUUGCUAGAUAAGCUAGGUUCUGUAUGAUUAGAGAGAUCGGUUAAUUGCCCAACUGAAAAUUGUAGCUUAGGGCUUGUCCAUGGAGUGCCAGUUCCAACCAUGAUGUUGGUAGGUGGUCCAGUAGUGGUAGGAUGGAGGUUAGGAAGAUUGGGGGGUUGGGAUUUGGUUCCAUUUUUGUUUUUUUUUCUAUCCGUUUUUGGGUUAGUAAUAAAAGGUAGGGUAUUGGGGCAAUCAAACGUUUUUGGUGGUUGUGGAUUUGGAUCGACAAACAUGCUUAUUAUUUUGGGAUUUGUGUCUGAUACACUAGGAAUGGGAUUAUUAUAAUAUCCGAUUGAAUUGAUGGGUUCUGUCAAAUCACUUAGGAUUUCUUGAUUAUACAACUUUGGCUCUUGAGCUUUCAUUGAGGGAUUUUUUCCAGUUGGUAUUGGUAGGGGAAACGUAGUGUUGUAGUAGUCAUCAUUGGGGUCUAUCAUGGAGUCUAUUUUUGCAGAGAUGGGAGGUGGCCCAGUCUGGAUUUUUUGGUUUUCAUCUUGACCUUUGGGCUUGGUUGACUUUGGGUGUGAGGUAGUGUCCGUUUGGUUUGGGUUACUGAGUAUGGGGUUUGUCCUGGCUUUUGUUUGUGUUGUGGGCCCAUGUCCAAAAUUUGUGUGCAGCUGUGCAUUCCCUGGGUCCGCUUUUCUUUUAACGCUUGUGUUGGGCCUUUCUCUUGUGGGCUGCCCGACUGUAACUUAUUUUUCAGAUUGUUGUCUCUUUGUGGUAGUGGGUUGGGUUCGGUCCAUAUCCUGUAACAGGUUAGAUUUAGUGGUGUAUCGGAAAGUUUGAGUUUCAAGGAACUUACCGGAUGUAGCAUCGAACAUUUUUACUUUGAUGCCCUCUGGCUUUGUUGGUGGUUUGUCCUUUCUAUUCUUGUGCGUUGCUUCAUUUUGCUGUGUGUUGUGCUCUUUUUUACGCCUUCUGGAGAAAGAAAUCACUUUCUAUUCCUCUUCUUCCUCAUUGUUUGGUGUUUGGGUUGAAUCACCGUUUGGCUUUGAAUUUGAGCUCUCUGGGCUGUCUUGCAUAUGUGUUUGUUGUUGUUUUUGCCUGUGUAAGCAUCCUUUCAAGGUGUUCCCUAUCCUUCCACACCCAGUGCAUAGUACAUUUUCUCCUUCAUAGAUCACCAACUGCUUAUAAUCCCCUAUUGUAACUGAGGUAGCAACUGGUGUUUCCAAGGGUACCUGGAUACAUAUUCUUGCGUAUCUACCUCUGAGGGUGGCUGAAGUGCACGUAUCAAUUUUUAGGAGUUUUCCUAGUUUUCUGCCUACUUUUUCUAGGACCUCUUUGUCAUAGAAUUCAGUGGGUAGUUGUGGUAGUCUUUCCCAAAUUGCAGUGAAGGAUAAUGUCGCUUCUUAUGGGACGAAUUUGGGUUCCCAUCUUCUGACUAAGAGGAAACUUCCAGAGAUGAACCAUGGCCCUUUUUGUAUAUCUUUCACUAGAUUCUCCUCUUUACCAAAUUUGACUAUGAAAAAAUCCCAUCCUAGGUCGAUCAAGAUCAACUGUUCGGAUGGGUUCCAUAAAUCAACUAAUUUAGAUCGGAGGAGGUAGUGUGACAUUCGCUUUCCAAAGAGCUUUAUGAUGACCGAGUAACGCCAUGGUUCAUAUAACCUGUUUUUAUCCUCUUGAGAAUUAGGAUUGGACCUACUGUUUCCUUUCCUUUUUGUUGCGUUAUGGUGGAUUGUAGUUCUGAAGCGAAGUAGUCAGCUUGUGUUGUAUUUUGCUUAUUUAGGAGCAUUUUCUUGUAAGAGUGGGAUUGGGUUGUUUCUUCUUCCAUAACAGUGUCGUCCAGUGGUUCCGAUGGUAUGUUAGGUGAUUUGAGUGGAUUUUCCAUUAGUUGUUUGUAGUGAUGGAUGAGAGUUUCUCUAACCUUUUAGAAUUGGAUCCUAUAAAUGUUCUAUUUGUAAGUAUGCUGUGUUCCUUUAAUGAUAGAGAUACAACAAACGUUAAUAUCUCUGUAAAAUCGAAUAUUCUGGGUCUAAAGUGAGUCCUUUUGUAAGCAUAGAACUUAUAGGUAAGUUUUCCAAUUUAAUAUUCAAAAUUCAAUUAUCCAAUAAAAAGAGAUAAAAUAAAAAAAUAAAAUAAAUACUUUGAGCUUCGAAAAUCACCUUUGCCCGCUAAUAAAGCGCGCUAGUAAAGUGUAGACAUUAUAGUACUUUACCAAUAUUAGACAGCUAUAAGACCUAUGCUCAAGUGCUUAAGUUCAAUUUUCCAGGGGCAAAAGUGUCCGAUAAUGUUGCUCUAUUUCUUUGUCUCAAAGAUCCUUUCUUGAAAUAGUUGAAACACCAAAUUUGGUCUCUUUGCAGUUUUGCAUAGCCACGUAGAAUUCAAUGCUAUAAAUAUAUAGCAUAGAGCUUAAGCACACAAGAAAAGCAGAAAAUAGGUUACGGAUUUCAACCCCAAGAUUGGACAAUAAACCAAUUCAAUGUGAAUGAAUCUAUUGGAGAUUACACUUUAAAGAGGCUCUGCAUGUCAGCAAUUUUUUUCUUUUUAAAUUUAGACCCAAAUUUACUCCCAACACAAAUCCCACCUGUCUCUCUCCUCUUAUAUAAUCAGCAUUUGCUGUGUCUGAGCUUGCAUUUUGUUCUAUUGAGUGUUUUUUUGGGCAAUUGAUAUAAGUUUGUUGGGGGUUUUGAGAGUGAGAGUGAGAGUAAAUGCUGCUGUGAAAUGGCUGCUUCUGCUUCCUCUACUUUGGACUCUUCCCAAAAGGAAAUUGAGGAUGAGCUCAAAGAUUGUGGGAUUAGGCUUAUUGUUCCUCCUCCUUCCACUGAAGAGCUCCUCAAUCUACUCGAUAAAGUAGAAUCUCUAUUGGUAAAGGUAGGCCAAGCCCCUUCUGAUUCAAUGAAAGAUGCACUUCGACCAGUAAUGAGAGCUAUGGUUGGAAGUGAACUUUUAAAGAAUGCUGAUGUGGACGUCAAAUUCUCUGUUGUAUCUUGUCUCUGUGAGCUUUCUAGAAUAACUGCCCCUCAGCAACCUUAUGAUGAUGGACUAAUGAAGGAAAUUUUCCAACUUAUAGUAAGGGCAUUUGAAGAAUUAUCUCAUUCAGCCCGCCAUUAUUAUAAGGCUGUGCAUAUCCUUGAAACUGUGGCGGAUGUCAAGGCCUGUUUAAUGCUGCUGGACCUUGAAUGUGAUGCUUUAGUUAUUGAGAUAUUCCAGCUGUUUCUCAGAAUCAUCAGGCCCGACCAUCCUAAUGUUGUAUUCACAAGCAUGGAAGAAAUCAUGACUCUGCUCAUAGAAGAAAGUGAUGAAAUCUCAAUGGAGCUUCUUCAGCCUCUCCUUGAUAGCGUCAGAAAGGAAAAUCAGAUUUGUUCACCUAUCUCGUCAAAAUUGGGAGAGAAAGUCCUGAAAGAAUGUGCUUCCACUGUUAGACCCUAUCUUGUAGAAGCCCUCAAGUCAAGAAGCAUGAAUCUUGAUGAUUAUGGUGACAUAGUUGCCUCAAUAUGCAAUGAAAUGCCUGAGGGAGAACAAAUGCUUCACAGUCAGACAGAGCAGCUAAAGAAUAUUGGCAUUAGCAAUGCUAGUCAUGGUUGCCGGGUUAGGGCUAAGAAGAAACAGAAUGCCAAAUAAGGAGGCUGACCUGGGUAUGUUGGUUCCAGAAAGAGAUGUGUUGCAAUCUCAAGAUAAGAGAAAUGGCUCGCUGCAUUCAGUUCUCAACUUUGGGAGUGAACAUAAGGGCACAGCAUGUAGCAAAAGAAAACCACGUCAGAGCUCAAAGAAGAGCGAGUCUGUUCCAAAAGGUGAUGUCGAGACCACUUCUGGCCUUAACAUUGUAAGAGAAGGAGACCUUACUGAUGCUGAGGAGCCAUCAGUGCAACAAGUUGAUGAAAAGAAACAGAAGAAUGACAGAGCUACCAUUGAAACUCAUGAUGUAGAAGAAACAGGAGAUGAGGUUAAAAGGAAAACUUCUAAGAAGUUGUUAUCGCUAGAUCUGUGCUUAUAGUUUAUUUCAAGCACAAAUGUGACGACCACUUUCUUUUUCUUUUUCUUUUUCUUUUUCUUUUUUUUUUCCUUUUUUCCUUUUUCCAUUCACACUUGUGGGUUUUACAGGCGAUUAAACUAUCAUUUGGGGAUGAAAAUCUGUCAAGCAAACUUGGCAAAGCUAAGCGCCAGAAGAAGCUUGCCAUUGUAAAGGAUGAGAAUUCUAGAAGGCGUCACAUCACCAAAAAUUAUGGAGAAGAAAUGGUUGGUACCAGAAUAAGAGUUUGGUGGCCAUUGGACAAAGUGUAAGUUCUACAAAAUGUUGUGUCAGGACUGUCACGCUAUUGUGAAUUAGUGGUAGUAGUUACAGCUCCACUCUCAUUCCAGCACUUUUAAUCAACUUGAUUGCCUUCUGUUGUUAAGUUUAUUGUCUAUAAAAUUGACCUACCUGCUAGGCUGUCAGGCAAGAAUUUGUUUCAUUCCCUUAGGGGGUGUUCAUAGAAUUACACACAUGGUUCUUUUUAUUUGUAUUUUUUUAUAUUGGUUUUCUCUAGUUUUUACUACUCGAUGCUUUAAGCAGACCUUAUACUUGCAGACAAUUCCUGUGGAGAUAGAUUGUAUUGAUCAGCAGCCGAUGGAUUCCUGAGUUUCGAAAUUAGCUUGUUAAGCUAAUAAACUGUUGUUGUCUUCUUCUUCUUGUUCUUUUUCUUUCUUUUUUCUUUGAUGUCCUUUUGGUAGGCUAAGGUAAAAAUUGGAUAUAUGUUUAUAUCCACCAUAUAUGAGCUUCUUUUCUUUUAAUUCUUUUUCUUUCUCAUUCUUCAAUUUAAACUAUCAGCGAUCUCAAUCAUCACCAUCGUCCAUAUCAUGUGACUGAUGAUAGUAUUAAACCUUUGUAGAUUCUUCUGCCUCUACCAGUGAACUGACUCGUAUUUCUGUCAAACUUUUCAGCUUCUUUCUAUAAUAGAUUCUGAAUUAAUACUUUCCAAAUGCUCAUCCACUCACAAUUCCAGCAAUGCCAACUCACCUUCAGAACUAUCAACUAACAAAGCUCUAUAUCAACCCAUUGCCAGAUCUUGUCUUACUGCUACAUCAUUCUUCAAUUUUAUCAUCUCUAUGGUUUCAGUUGCUUGAAAAGUUGGAGUCAGUGGCAAAUUGUCUAGGCAAUAUUCUUUCAAAAGAAAUAUGUGUAGUCUUACAUGUAGAUCAUUUCUUGAUGUGCUUGGUAGCAUGAAAUGCUGUGGCUCACUUGCUUACUAGCAAUAGUUACUGGUUGUUUCUGGUGUAUGGGUUACGAAUUUUUGAGUGUGUCUCAUCUAUUGAUUGAUGUAGCUUGGAUUGAUAUCAAUUAUUGUGAAUAUAAUUACCAGAUAGACAAUGAAUCUAGAUGGGCAAAGAGAAAUACUCCCCUUGGCCACCUAAAAGAAAAACUAUUCCAAGAUUUAUCUGCAAAGUAAUAGGUUUUGAUUACUGAGUUGAAAAAAAAACAGACAGUUGACGAAUUGCUAGGACCAAUGCUCUAAAAAGGGGAUGUUGGUUAUUUAGAAAAAAAAAAACAGAAGAGAAUGCAGCCAUGGGAGUACUGAAGGAGGUUGAUGCCUCAGAAGGUCUUUAAGAACAUGAAAUUUUACAACCGGACAUCGGAAUCACGUCAAAUCAACUCCGUUUUGCACCAAAUUUUGCAGACAAGUCAUAAAUACUGAAAUGAACCUAUACAAAGUUCCGAAUUCGAAAUACGAACCCGAUAGCAACAAAGUCAACCUACGAUCAAACAUAGGAAUUCUUUAAACCUUUAAAUUGUUAGUUUUC